GAUUUUAAGCUCGAGUUUGGCCAUCAUCAAGGCAAGACAAGUUCUGUCUGGCAUGGAGGUACAGCUACCAUUAUUCAGAGCCCUGGAGACGAAGUAUGGGGAUUGGUGUGGAAAAUGAACACUAGCAAUCUAAGUUCUCUGGAUAAGCAAGAGGGAGUUGAAGAUGGCAUUUAUGUCCCAAUAGAAGUUAAUGUCCACACUCAAGCAGGAAAGGUACUGACCUGUCGAAGCUACCAGAUGAAGGACUAUGUCCGUGGUCCCCCUUCUCCACAGUAUAAAAAGGUUAUCUGCAUGGGUGCAAAACAGAACGGCUUGCCAACUGAUUAUCAGGAGAAAUUAGAAGCUAUUGAAACUAAUAACUAUGCAGGACCGGUGCCAAUCAUGGAAGAGAUUGAAGCUGCUAUUGCAGCAAGGAAAAUAAAGUCUGCAUAGAAUACCUCUGCAUUUGCUUGGCCAUUCACCUUGAUUAAGAUACCUCUCUUCACUGCACUGAUCAGCAGUUUCUUUAUUUAUUGAGAAAAGAUGAGCUUGCUGUGCAUCUACAGUAAACCAUUAGACCUAAUUUACAGUCUGAAGACAGAC